ACUGCUCGCUGUCAUAUCUUGUUUAUUAUGUGCGAGUCGUAAAUACUAAGCAAAAACUAUGUUAAACUGAGUUAAACUAGGGAAAUUUGGACAAGCGACAGGGCUGGAAAGAAUGUGAAUGGUGUGGCAGAUGGAAGUGUAGCCAGAACGGGACAAGAUGCCUUCCUCACAGAUCUUUGCCAUUAACAACCAAGGCCGGGUGUACAGCCUGUCAACGGACCAGUCUGUGUGGCGAGAACUCCCCUACCUGGGCGUUGAGUUCAAGAGGGUUUCGGCUCAUGAGACAGUUAUUUGGGCCCUUGGGGGAGACCACCAGGUAUACGUGUAUGUGUAUGGUUCGUCCGUCCCAAUACGUGUAUGCGAGGAGGCCUACGAAAAUCAGCGUUGGAACCCCAUUGAAGGCUUCAGUGGAGUUUUGCUGCCCUCGGAUCGUCCCUCCUUCUCGAGCGAAGAUGGCCUCACCGACCGAAAGAUGGCAGGCAUCACCCUCCCCACACUUGCUUGGUCGUGGGAGUCGCCUUGGCACCUCCAUCAUACUCACGAAGGGCAGGCUCUUGAUAAGGAGGGAUGGACUUAUGCAGUAGACUUCCCGAGGACGUACACUGCAGAAAAGAAGUGGAAUUCUUGUGUGAGACGAAGGAAGUGGGUGCGGUACAGAAGAUAUGUCGCCCUCGACACGUGGUCUGCUGUUCCUCCUAUUCAUCAAGAUCACACUAAAGAACCCUUCAUUGACAUUAACGUCGGGGGAGGGGAGGUGGCUGGCGAAGACCCAGACAAGCUCAUGGUGUGGGGCGUUACUGUCUUUGGUCGGGUUAUGGUUCGUAGUGGUGUUGAUGGCACUUGUCCCGAGGGUUGCGGUUGGCAACACAUCCCAACGCCACCAGAAAGGGAUGUGACAACUGUAGGAAUAGGACGUUCAGGGAGAGUGUGGUCUGUAACCUGGGACGGCACCAUUCUCGUGAGGACUGGGGUGACAAGGGAUGCGCCCACAGGUGUUGAUUGGAUUGUCGUUGAGCCUCCAAAUGGCAGUCCUCUGCAGCAGGUGGCGGUUGGAAUGAAGUCGGUGUGGGCCUUGACAAGGGACCAUAAGGUAUGGUUCCGGAGAGGACUCCAAGCAUCAAAGGAAGGUUCUUCAGAGCAUAACAGAUCAGGCAAUGGAACUAGUCAGUCCAAGACGGACACAGGAACGACUGGCAGUAGCUGGCUGAAGAUGGUGGGCAUGCUAAACAUGAUUUCUGUUGGCCCAAAUGACCAGGUCUGGGGCAUCGGUAGUGAAGACUACAGUUUGCUCAUCCGCACAGGCAUCACUGAGACGGAGCUCACAGGGCGAACUUGGCGGCCCAUUUGUCUCCCAAUUGACAUAUCAGUGACCCCAGAGCCAACCCCUAGUCCCAGCCCUGCACCAAGUCCAGGACCCUUAUCCAAGAUCACUUCAGAGAGUGAGAGUAAGAGUGAGAGUAACACACCAGUUGAUGGGGGAUUGAGGAAAUUAGAACCUCAGUGUGACGGUGAAAGUUUACUUAGCCUACAGACUUCAGAUGGAGAAGACCUACAAAGCAUGGCCACAGCUAUGAACAACCUAAAAUUGCUGGACAGUUCUGCUUCUCCUCCAAGUGGAGCAGUAUCAGCAGGUGAUGAAUCGGAGAACAAGAAUAAGACUAGCUUACCAAACUUACAGCUGAAGCAAAAAGAGAAAGAUGAGGCAAAUGUCACUGGAACUGGGGAGAAGAGUGAAACUUCCCCGGGUCAUGAUAGCCGGGACUCAAGCAUCAAAAUACGCUACCCAGAGGAUUACCCAAGUUCACUUAGCUCCUCUGUCGUGUCUGACCCAGGUGGGGAAUUCAUUAGCAGUUUUCAAGCUGGCGAGAGUAGUCCAUUGGCCAAUGGGGUCAUUGCUGUGAGUGAAGAAGGUAACAAAACGAAUAUGAACAAAGGACAGUCAGUGGAAGGGGAAGUUCAGGGAGUGCCAGAAGAGGAUCACCAGUUGACCAAAAGUGAUAGAGUAGAAGAACCAACGCACGAGGGUCCACCAUCACUGCAGCACUCGAGUGGGGAGUGGAGUGAGUCACGCCUUCGCCACGUGAGCAGCAGUAGUGCAGGCAGUGAAGCUGGCCUUGGACGGGGUUCUCUGGUCGUAACCAGAGAAGAGAAGCCAGAGUACAAUGUGAUACCCUUUCAAGCUGAACACCUGUGGCUAUGGAUAUCUGGUGGAGGGUGUUGGGUUAGCGCCAAUAACAUGCCGCGUUGGUUCAUGAGCGUGGGAUCUCCUGUCAUGGCGUCUGAACCUUGGAGAGCUGAGGUGCUGCAGAAGCUGCAUUGGCGUCAUGAAAAGGAAAUCAAGCCUUUCGAAGGGUAUGAAGAGGCAGUGGAGGGGUCUUCUUGGGUCAUCUCGGGUCAGUGCCGCUGGUGGGCUGGGGGCCAGUUGGUACCAGCGACCUUGGAGCUGACGAUGGUGGGCUCUCGCAGGUCACAGGUUCAGGAUGCCACACUUGUGGUACACUAUAACUUGGGCUCUGCAAAGACAGUUGAGAUCUCAUGCUGCGCAAUAUUGAUGAGUGUCAUAUCGGUGGAGCCUGGAACAGCCAAGUCUGUCGUUGGGAUAUAUCAUCCUUCCGAGCCCCUCCACCCAAAGGCGCUCGUCUUUUCAGCCGAAACAGAUGCUGAAGACUGGCUGAAUCAUAUCUCAAAUGCUUGUAACCAGUUCCGAGGCCUAACAGGAAGGCCCUCCUCAUACACUGUGUGGGCGGUGACAACAAGAGGGGAUGUUUUCCUCCAUGACUGCUCUGUCACAGAAGAGGAGCUCCGUGCUGAAUCAGUGGCUGCCCACAAGCACCUGCCGUUUGGAUCGGGAGCAACUCCAGUAACCCUGCUAUUAGAUCGAGGAUUUAGGCCAGGAUGCUUCAUCUCAGUGUCGGGCAAGAUUCACGAUAAGAAGGCUGACCAAUUCCAUAUAAAUCUGCAGUCAUCAAGAGGAACAGAUGCUAAUAUUGCACUUCAUCUGAAUCCAAGAUUUUCAGAAAAUGCAGCUGUAUUGAAUACCAAGAAGAAAGGCCAUUGGGGACGGGAAGAGAAGGCAGACUUGUCCACCAUGACUCCAGGUGCUCAUUGUGAAAUAUCCAUUGUGUGCGAUGACAAGGACUUCAAGAUCUCUGUCAAUGACAAAUUUUGGUAUAGCUUCAACCAUCGCCUGCCAGCAGCUGACAUCACUCAUGCUGUCAUUCGAGGAAGCAUCACAGUGGAUUCCGUGACGUAUAAUCAUGGGGCCGGUGAGAGACAGCUGAAUGAGUGGUACUGGCGUGGUUUGGGCGGCCAUUGCCUGCGAGUGGAAAGCGGAGCUGGAGGUGUGACGUGGGCCAUCUCCCAUGACUACCAUGUCUACACUUACACUGGGGCGACUGGUGGAGGGCUCUAUAAGGGGAGCAGCAAUGAUUCUGAUGUGAACAUUAUGAGCGAUGUCCGUCACAUGUACGUUUGGGAGAACCAGCGCUGGAAUCCAGUGACUGGCUUCACUCACCGUGGCCUCCCAACAGACCGGCACACCUGGAGUGAUCAGACUGGAAGGCACCACAAAACGCGAGAGGGAACCAAGUUACCAUCACGUCAUUGGUCUUGGAUGAGUGAAUGGUGUGUUGAUUACCACACUCCUGGUGGGGUUGAUCGUGAGGGCUGGCAAUAUGCUACGGAUUUCCCACUCAGCUACCAUGGCCACCGAUACAUGACUGAUCUUGUGCGGAGAAGGCGCUGGGUCAGGAAGUGCCGCAUAUCAACCUCAGGGCCCUGGCAACAGAUGGAGAAAGUGGCACUUGUUAAUCUAUCUGUUUCGCCUGAGUAUGCUGCCAACGGUACAGUGCCAGUGUGGGGGGUGAGUGUGACAGGAGAGGUGGUCUAUCGGCACGGCGUGACACCCAGCAGACCGGAAGGCGAAAAGUGGAGCCUGGUCCCGGCCGAGUGUCCCAUGUGUUAUGUUUGUGCAACCGUCGACAGCUGUGGGAUGUGGGCUGUUAGCAAAGAUGGCCGAGCACAUCUGAGGAUCGGGAUUAAUAAGAAAAAUCCACAGGGCCGACAGUGGGUGAACGUCGAUGCCCCGAACCACCCCCUGAUGGAGAUUGGUGCAGGUGCUGGAAUAGUGUGGGGCCUGGAGCGUGGUGGUGGACUGUACCGCAGGACGAAUGUGCUUCCCCUCUUUCCAGAGGGCACAAGCUGGGAGUGGGUGUGCGGCAAUGUGGCCAGCAUUAGUGUUGGGGCUGAUGGGACACUCUGGGCCGUGCUGGAUUCCUUUGAUAGCGAGAAGGGCCCAGUCCAGGGGGUCAUCGCCAGGAGAGUAGGUGUGUCGCAUGACUGUCCCGUUGGCACUAGCUGGGAGCACACACUAGGAACGGGAUGGAGCCAUGUCUGUGCUCGUGUACCACUUCCCUUAUGACGGAAGGUGUGAAGAGGGAGGAACUUAGUUGCAUUUUAUGGUGAUGAAAGUGGCCAAAGUAGUCAAGAAUGUAUGCAGAAAAAGGACUUGGUAGCAAUAUCUAGUGAAAUUAAAUCUAGAUAAUUCUAAGUGUGUCAAGAGGAAGGGACUUACACUUCUUCAAGGUAUUUACCAGGUAUUAGAUUCCCUGGGAUGUUUAGGAACAGCUGGAAUUCAUUUUCCUUGAUUAGGAAUAGAAGAUACUUCUUGAUAAUUGAAUAGAGUUUAUGGGGAGCUCAUUUCCAGAGAGGUUUUAAGUGUAGACAUGACUGUUGUUUUAUCUAUUAGUAUAAAGUAGUGUUUGAAGUUUUUAUUACGUGCUCAUAUUUUAGUGUGUCUUUUUUUUGCAACUGUUCCAUAUCACUGACUUUAUUCUUUUAUGGAAUGUAUACAAUCUUUUAUACAAAUCUUCUCUUUGGUUAUACCAUAUUUCCUCUAAUGCUCCAACUCAUGUUCUUCUAAUCCAUUGGAUUUUUAAUUCUUCAGAUUUAACGGGGCUUACCAUACAAAUUAGGUAAUGAAAGCUAUACCUGUGGAUGCCUAUUCUUAAUUUUUUUACUGUGAUUUUUGUUCCUCCAUUUUAUCAAGUAGUUGAAACUGUGAUAGAUAAUUUUUAGAAUCUUCCUAUUUGCUUUUAUAAGUAUUUUCAUCCAUUUGUGAUGUCAAAGAAAUUGUGGAUAAUAAGCAAAUGUACCUUUAGUGUUUUCUUGGUUAGAUACGUGUUUUUCCUAUUCCUCAUAUUUUGUGUUGUAGGAUCUAUGUUUUGAUAUAAUUUUUCUUAUUAGUAAGUGAGAAAUUCUAUUUAUAUGCAUGCAUAUGCAAGUGAUUGACAUAACCUCAUAUAUCAAAUAUAAAUUUGUAUCACAUAAUGAAAACUUUCCAAAAUAUUUUUGUUUCAAAACAUUAGAAAUUGGGAAAUAUUGCGAAUUUCUGCUUACUGUUAUUGAUGUAUUAGUAGAGAAAAAUAGUCAUUAAACUUAAGCAACAUGAGUAUAACACUUAAAUUAAAAGACAUUAAUGACUUCAUAUGUUCUUUUUGAGUGCCAUAUACUCAAUUUUAGAUAUAUGCCGCAGUGAUAAUAGGUAUCAGAUCUGUGAAAUGAACAAUUGCUCGAAAGAAUAUGAUUAUCAAUUAAAAGUUUUAUUUUAAAGAACAAAUAAAAAAAUAAGUCUUUGACAUAGAAUUAAAUCCUUUUAUUUUUUGUCUCCAAAUAGGAAGUCCAAUGCCCUGUUGCUCAUUAAAUUUUUAAAAUCUUUUUUUAGACCUUUUUAUUUGUACUGUAGUGUCUGUUGCUUUCUUCAUCAUAGCCUUUUUGGAAGAGCUCAUUGUCCAACAAUAGUGGAAAAUGUAUCAUGGUAAAAGAAAAACAAGAAGUUUAGCCCAUAAAAAAUAGACAAAUAGACCUAGCGUACAUGCUUUGUUAUGCCCCUUUUUGUAUGGUAGUAUAAAAUGUAGGGAUUAUAAGACACUAGGAACAAGCUGUUUCAACAUUUUUGAUGUAAGUAUAGUUAUGGUUGAAAUUCUAGCAAAUAAUGGUUGCUUUAUGCAAAUGUUCAAACUGUACAUGAAUUUAAAGGUGUCAUUGAUUGAUUUUGUGCAUUUUUAAUUUUUUUUCUUUUAUAUCAAAACCCUAAAACCAGUUUUAAUAUUUUAUGUGAAUGAAAGUGGAUGUCAGAGUUGAACAAAGAGCAGACAUUUUUUAAAUGUAAAAUUUGGAGUUUGGUAAAAUUUGGUAAAAUAAACAGUUGAUGUAUAGUAUGUCUUGAGAAACUGAGUUUGUACAUAGGUGGAUAGUUUUUUAUGUAAACUGUUUACAGGUGUUUCCUGACAAUAAGCGAUUGUUACUAGUAGAGUUAGUCUUAUUAUUAUGAAAAGAGCCAUGACGUUGCAGACAGAAUAGGAAUAUGACGAGUAUAUUUGAGGGGGGACGUGUGUCCAUAGGUAUUCUCUGACCAAUAGCCAUAAAAAGUAUUUCUUAGAUGUUUUUUUUAGUUUACCUUUCUUCUAUAACAUUGAUUUAUUCAUAUUAAUGCACUGCAAUCCCAUGAUUGUGGUAUUUAUGUGAACAUUUGAAUGCUUAUGUUAUAGAAGAGCUUAAACAAAACAUUUGAUAAAUGCAUUUUCGGGUAAUUUGUCUAAGAACAAAGUUGGACGUGCAUUUGACUUCUGACUGGAGAGGAAAAAAAGUGAGACAGUAUUUGGUAAACAAGUUAAGAUAUGCAGUAUUUCCACAUGUAUUGUAAGAUAAUAGUGUAAUACAUUUUUGUACUGAAAUUAGCUACAGGGAUUUUCUUUCUUUUGGCCAUGUAAGUCUCUUGAUUACUUGUUUGUUGAUGACUCAGGUUUUUUUGUUUUUUCAUGUAAUCUAGAUUUUGUAGAUUUUCUUAACUUGUAAAGCCACGCUGUAUUUAGAAAUGUUUUAUGUAGUUAUUUAUUUACAAAAAGGAUCAUUAUCUAAUUUUUCAUAAUGCAGUAUAUGAAACUUUUCUUUGAAAAACUUGUUUCUGUCAUCUGGUUUACAGUAUAU